GACUAUACAUAUAUCAACACAAAAACUGAGUGGUUAGCUCCGUUUAACACGUCACAUCUGAUAUAAUUUUAUCCAAUCAAUUAAAUGUUUUAAAUAAAAAAAAAACAAAAUUAUUAUUCAACAUGUGUUGGAGGGUUAAAAUUUUUUACAAUCUUCAUAAAAAUUAUUUACAUCAAAAAAACAAUAAAAAAUUGUUAAAAAUAUUAAACAGCUGUUAUACAAGUCAUGAAUACACUACACGUGGACACCAGAAUAAUUUUUCAGAAAAUAAAAGGAAAUAUUUACAAUAUUCUUGGAAAGCCGGGUUGAUUUCUUCAGUGAUAGGUGUUUCUUAUUAUUUAUGGAAGAAUGAAGUCUAUGCUUUAGAUUUAAUAACUAUAAAAGAAACUCCAGGGGUAAGAAAAAGUCAUUUAAAAACGUACACUGUAGAAGAAGUAGGAAAGCAUGACAAUGAAAAUGACGGAAUUUGGAUCUAUUAUAAAGAGGGUGUUUAUGAUAUUACUAAAUUCGUAUUGAAACAUCCUGGAGGUCCAGAAAAAAUAAUGAUGGCAGCUGGAGGGUCUAUAGAACCUUUUUGGAUGAUAUUUGCUAAUCACAAUGUGUCAGAAAUUUAUCAACUGUUGGAAUCUAUGAGGAUUGGUAAUUUAGAUGUUAGUAAAGACAGUAAAAAGCUUGAAGCUACAGAAGAUCCAUAUGCGAAUGAUCCUAAGCGGCAUAAAGUUCUGAAAGUUAAUGGUCCGAAGCCUUUUUGCGGUGAAACUCCAGGUCCUUUACUCUGUGAAAGCUUCUUGACACCAGCAGAUACUUUUUAUGUGAGGAAUCAUUUACCAGUUCCUGAAAUCGAUAUUAAAGACUACGAACUGGAAAUAGCUAUUGAAGAUGAUACAAAAAAAGUUAUAAACUUUGAAGACAUUAAAAAAUAUCCGAAAUAUACUGUAACGACAGCAAUUAUGUGCGGAGGAAAUAGACGCUCUGAGAUGAAUGCUGUAAAACCUCUGAAAGGUUUGAGUUGGGGAGUAGGCGCUGUCGGUAAUGCAUCCUGGUCUGGAGCAAGACUGACUGACGUUCUAGCAGACCUUAAAAUUAAUGAAGACGACUGGAAGCACGUCCAGUUUGAAGGAUACGACUUGGACCCAUCUGGAGUUCCUUAUGGUGGAUCUAUUCCAAUCAGUAGAGCACUGGACUCCAGAGCUGAUAUUAUACUAGCUUAUGAAAUGAAUGGCGAACCGAUUCCUCGAGACCACGGCUAUCCUAUUCGCGCAAUUGUUCCUGGUGUUGUUGGCGCUAGGAAUGUUAAAUGGCUAGCAAAAAUAGUUAUUUCUAAUGAAGAAAGCCGGUCUCAGUUUCAACGAGGGGAUUACAAAGGAUUUUCUCCUAGUGUUGAUUGGGACACGGUGGAUUUUUCAAAGUCACCUGCUAUUUUAGACAUGCCUGUUACUUCUGCUAUUUGCACUCCUACUCCAGGAGAGACUGUUAAAUUGAAGGAUGGAAAAAUACCCGUGAAAGGGUAUGCUUGGUCUGGAGGUGGUAAAAAAAUAAUUCGCAUUGACUUGACAGUGGACCAAGGGAAAACUUGGCACGUAGCGCACCAAUUAAUAGACGAUGAAAAUGCCAAAGAAGGUCGUCAUUGGUCAUGGACACUUUGGUCCGCUGAAAUUCCAAUUGACGUUGAUAAAAAAGAGGUUGAAGUUUGGGUUAAGGCUGUUGAUGCUUCUUAUAACGUUCAACCAGAAAGUUUUGAAAAUAUUUGGAAUUUACGCGGUCUUCUUUGCAAUGCAUAUCAUCGAGUCAAUGUUAAAAUAAAAAAAUAAUUUAAACAAUCUAAGAUAUUACGAACAAAUUUAAUAUAU